AUGCUACUUGACAACGGUAGCUCUGUUAACAUCCUAUUCGGGUCCACCUUUGACAAGAUGAUACUGGACCAUAAGUUGACGCCCACCACUACUCCCUUGUACGGAUUUACUGGAGAUAGCAUCACUCCGAGAGGAAAGAUCACCCUUGCAGUGGAGAUGGGGGAGUCUCCCCAAACCGCAAUGAACUUUAUGGAGUUCCUCAUUGUUGAUAGUCGAUCGGUCUACCACGGAGUAUUGGGUAGGCUAGCUCUAAAGAAAUUGGGAGCCGUCACCUCCAUCCACCACCUAUGCAUGAAAUUUUCGAUGGAAAAUGGGGUAGCAACGGUGAGAGGCGAUCAAAGAGGCUCGAGAGAGUGCUAUCUAAGCUCUAUCAGAAAGGUAGAGCCCCGGGACGUCCAUGUGAUUAUCGUAGACAUAGUCAUGACUGAUGUCCCAGGUGAUGCUCCCUCCGAACCGAAAGAUGUGGAAAUGAUUGACGCACCACCCAUGCUGAAAAUAUUAGUUAUCGAUGAGAUUGACCGCCGCAUAAUUGAACACGAACCUCAAGCAUCCCCAGUUGAGGAACUUGAAAGCUUCUCGGUGGACCCCCAAGACCCAUCCAAAUUAUUGAAAGUGGGAAAAGGCUUGUCCAACAGUUUGAAAGAAAAGAUCAAGGGUUUCUUAAGUAGGAACCUUGAUGUCUUUGCUUGGAGACAUAAGGACAUGGUAGGUAUAGACCCCAAGGAUAGCUUUCCACUCCCAAGGAUUGAUCAACUGGUAGAUUCCACAGCUGGGCACGAGUUGUUGAGCUUCAUGGACGCAUACUCCUGCUACAACUAA